AAAAAUUUUGCCGCGCGCAUGGAUCAGUCAGAAUGAGAUAUUUUCCAGCGCUCGCGGAUCGGAGGCGAUGGGCAUGAUAUCUGGACCGUGCAAAAUGCCCCUCGAUUUUGCAAUUUUUUUUCUCACAGCAAUCACAUCACAACGCGUGCCACCCAAGCCUUUUGACGUGUAUCAAGGUUACCUCCCGCCAAGAAAUAACACCCUAUUCACAUUUCUCCGACAGCCGCGAUAAUUGGGUAAAGCUGCACUCCUUUAGCCGAGACUUGUUCCAUUGGUGAACUUUCCAACCUCGUUACUUUGACCAUCACUGAUUGAACCUUACCGAGUUAUUUCACUGAUUCCUUGAAUAUACACCCAUACACACGAUGCCAAACAAAGAGAACGACGUGGUUCCCAUAGCCCCAACGACUCCAGUGACAGCAGUACCAACGGUAGCAAAACAAGCUACCGCCGCGGCACCUGCGGCCCCAAAACAAGCUGCUAGCGAAGCUACUCCAAAAUCUGCUGCAACUGCGGCGACUCCUUUCCCUACCCUUCACGUAAGCUCCAACCGCGAAACAACCCCCCCACCGUGCAUCAAGGCCAGCGAGGAUGGCCCGUUGAAAUACACUAACUCAGUUUCCUUCACUGAACCCUCUGCGAUCGAGCGCUCGCACCGUGGUUCCAUCUCUGCACGACCUUCAACCACCAAUGUGUCAGGGGAUGCGCCAGUGUCGGCUCUUGCUGCGCUCUCAGCGAAUCCACGCGCGGCGCUCUCGACAAAUCCGCGCGUAGCGCCUUCGCGCACGCCUUCAGUGCCUUCGCGCCAGGCGUCCAUCACUUCACGCCAGAGCUCCAUUACAGGCGACUUUUUGCAGUUUGCUGCCCCUUCCAGCCGCUACGCUAAUUAUGACAUUGCGCCUACGUUCCCGUUGCCGCAGUCGCCUAGCAGUGUGGCUUCCCCUGUCUCAGACGAAGAGCGUCUCUUGCCGGAGCUUGCGCGUGCGCCGCUGAUCGUGCGCCGCAAAGCCGUGAAGCAGGUCAUCCUGGUGCCGACGGGCCCCCCUAUUCCGUUCACACAGUACUUGCAGCGCCACGAUGACGAAAAGAUUCACAUUUUACUCGGGGUAUCAGGCUCGGUUGCCACCAUCAAGGUGCCGCUUAUUAUCGACAAGCUCUACGAGAUCUACGGACCGGACAAGAUGAGCGUGCAAGUAGUAGCGACCAACGCCGCGUCCCACUUCCUCAACGGGUUGAAGAUUCAGGCCGAGGUCAAGGUGUGGCGUGACAAAGAUGAAUGGUGCACGCCCGAGAGCCGCAGUCGCAGCGUGGGCGAUCCGAUUUUACAUGUUGAGUUGCGUAAGUGGGCAGAUAUUUUGUUAGUGGCGCCGCUCUCUGCAAACACGUUGGCGAAAAUGGCCAACGGGCUUAGCGACAAUCUCUUGACGUCGAUCAUCCGCGGUUGGAAUCCGAUGACACCGAUAAUUGUCGCGCCCGCCAUGAACACGUUCAUGUACACGCAUCCAAUGACCAAGCGCCACGUGACCCAGUUGGUCGCCGACUGCCCCUGGAUCGAGGUGCUCAAGCCGGUUGAGAAAGUGUUGGUCUGCGGUGACAUAGGAAUGGGUGGUAUGCGCGAGUGGAGUGAAUGCGUCGAGAUUGUGCGCAAGCGGCUCAUCAGCAUCCGCAAUGCUAAGCUAGGCAUCGAAGGUGACGAGGAUGAGGAGGAUGAGGAGGAUGAGGAUGAGGAUGAGGAGGAUGAUGAGGAGGAUGAGGAGGACGAUGAUGAGGAAGUCCAUGAUCCGGAUGCCCAAGCGUAAUGUACCUCGAAUGGAUG